AUGGCCAUCCUCUUCGCCGUGGUGGCCAGGGGCACCACCAUCCUGGCCAAGCACGCCUGGUGUGGGGGCAACUUCCUGGAGGUGACAGAGCAGAUCCUGGCCAAGAUCCCCUCCGAGAACAACAAGCUGACCUACUCCCAUGGGAACUACCUGUUCCACUACAUCUGCCAGGACAGGAUCAUCUACCUCUGCAUCACAGACGACGAUUUCGAGAGAUCCAGAGCCUUCAGCUUCCUGAAUGAGAUCAAGAAGAGGUUCCAGACCACGUAUGGCUCGCGGGCGCAGACCGCCCUUCCCUACGCCAUGAACAGCGAGUUCUCCAGCGUCCUGGCUGCACAGCUGAAAUACCACUCGGAGAGCAAAGGCCCCGACCAGGUGGCAGAGACACAAGCCCAGAUUGAUGAACUGAAAGGAAUCAUGGUUCGGAACAUAGACCUCGUGGCACAAAGAGGAGAGAAGCUGGAGCUGCUGAUCGAUAAGACGGAGAACCUGGUGGAUUCGUCAGUCACUUUCAAAACCACCAGUAGGAACCUUGCUAGAGCCAUGUGUAUGAAGAACCUCAAGCUCACCAUCGUCAUCAUCAUCGUGUCCAUUGUCAUCAUCUACAUCAUCCUGUCGGCUGCCUGCAGUGGCCUCACCUGGCCAAGCUGUGUGCAGAAGUAGCUGGAGGCAGCUGGUGGUGCUGCUCACUUGGAGAUGAGAAUCACAGGAGUGUGAAGAAGCAACCUAAGGAAUAACUCUUUACUCUUUCACUACUGACACCUUCUCAUUCUUCCAACCCCUCCAGGACUUCAGACUUUUUUUGCCUUAUCCCCCCCAAAAGGGCCCAGCUGGUCACUGCUUCUGUCAGCUGUCCCCUCCAGAAGGGGCUGCUUUCAAUUACUUG